UCCCAUGUUGUCAAAGUUCUUCCUGGAGCGCAGCACAACGACAGACGUGAUAUUCUGAAGCGAUAAACUGCUUUUUAUGUUGAGAAACUCUCAUGUUAAAGUUGUAUUAACUUCUCUCGUAUAUAUUUGGUACGUAUACGUACGUGCAGCGUACGUGCCGGUAAUGUUUAAUCGUCGUGACAGGUGCACGUGGACAUACAGCCUUAAUUAGCUCCCAGCUAACGAAGGUUUAUGAUCAAGUUAGUGUUUGUUUAGAUGUGGAGCAGAAUUUUGAGUCCUCGUGUGAUUAGAGGGACACGUUUGUGUUGGAGGAGUCUCUACACGAUGCAGCUGAAGACCAGUGAGUUCCAGUGUCUCUUCACUGACGGACUUAAUGGACUCGUAGAGGUGUUUGGGAAGCACAAGCAUGAGCUGAGAAUUGCUGGAGGUGCUGUGCGGGACCUGCUCUCUGGGAAGCGUCCGGAAGAUGUGGACUUUGCCACAACAGCAACUCCGGAGGAGAUGAAGCACAUGUUCAAAGCUGCUGGCAUAAGGAUGAUCAAUAAUAAAGGAGAGAAGCACGGGACCAUCACAGCAAGGUUACACGAUGAGAACUUUGAGGUGACCACAUUGCGAGUGGAUGUUCAGACAGAUGGACGUCAUGCGGAGGUGGAAUUCACUACUGAUUGGCUGAAAGAUGCAGAGCGGAGGGACCUCACCAUCAACUCCAUGUUUUUAGGUCUUGAUGGCACAUUAUACGACUAUUUCAAAGGAUAUGAAGACCUACAAAACCAUAAAGUUCGGUUUGUUGGCAGCCCAGAGCAAAGAAUCCAAGAGGACUACCUUAGAAUACUGCGGUAUUUCAGGUUCUAUGGCAGGGUGGCUUUGGAUCCAGAUGACCAUGAACCAGAGACACUUACUGCCAUCAGGGAAAAUCGCUGUGGGCUGGCAGGGAUAUCGGGAGAAAGGAUUUGGAUGGAACUCAAAAAGAUGGUGGUUGGUAAUCACGCCGCUCAUCUGCUGGAGCUGAUGUACCAGCUGGAACUGGCACAGUACAUGGGUUUGCCACCAGAUGGCAAUGUUGAGGAGAUGAAGCAUGUGUGGCAAAAAGCCAAAGAACUCUCUCCCAAACCUAUGACCAUUCUGGCUGCGCUCUUCCACUGCCCAGAGGAGGUGGAGGAGAUGGACAUCCGGCUGAAGGUGUCCAAGGAGGAGAAGAGUCUGGCUCUGUUCCUGGUCAAAUACAGACGUGAGCUCUGCAAAAGUAAAGAUGAGCCUGACAGCAUCAAACCCUUCACUGAUUUCAUCAUUGAUAAGGCCCGGGAGCUGGACACUCAAAGUAAAAUGUGCGAGCUGCUUAAGUAUCAAGGCGAGGGGAAGCUGCUGGCAGCACUCCGUGCAUGGUCAAUCCCUCGAUUCCCUGUCAGUGGCCAUGACCUGAGGAGGCUGGGCAUCACAUCCGGCAAAGAAAUAGGUGUCACUUUGCAGAAUCUCCGUGACAUCUGGAAGAAAAGUUGCUACCAGAUGGACAAAGAUGAACUCCUCAGUUAUGUAAAGCCUUGAUAAACACGCAGGCAGCGUUGGGUUAUUGUCACCGCUCAUGGAUAUUGAUUAAGCUCACUAGCACAUAUUGUGAGACGGGAAUGCAGUUUAAUUGUAAAUCACUCAAGGGUUGCUUGUGUUACAUCUUACAUCACCAUGUCAUUUUGAUGAGCUCACACACACACAAGGCAAUCACCACCACAGCUGCCAUAUUUUGACAAAAACAGCAGUGCAUUCCAUGUGUUAUUACAGAGUCCUGCUGUCUGUGUGAGUCCCUCCAUAUAAAGAGCUGAAAUCAUAACAAUGCUCAGCGAA